GGCAGACUCGAAAGCGGCGAUGCUAUCGUCUUCUCUGAUGAUCCGCCGCUACUGCUGCCUUAGCGCCGUCGCUUCUUUUCCCUCCACCGCCACUUCCCGUAAGAAGCGUCUCUGUUUUUUGGGGUCGCCUCAGGUCUCUGCUUCAGUUCUCGAUGCUCUUUUCAACGCCGCUUCUGUCCCAGAUUCAUCAUUUGAGAUUGCUGCCAUUGUCACCCAACCUCCUUCGGGAAGGGAUAGAGGAAGAAAGGUAAUGCCCUCCCCUGUUUCUCAGCAUGCGCUUGACAGAGGCUUCCCGUCCGAUUUGAUCUUUACGCCGGAGAAAGCAGGCGAGGAGUCUUUUAUCUCGAGUUUUAAGGCGCUGGAGCCAGAACUAUGCAUCACGGCUGCAUAUGGGAAUAUCCUGCCCACAAAAUUCCUCAAGAUACCAUCUUUGGGCACAGUAAACAUACACCCGAGCUUGCUUCCUCUCUACCGUGGCGCUGCACCUGUUCAGAGGGCUGUUCAGGAUGGCGUGAAAGAAACAGGAGUCUCAUUGGCCUACACGGUGCGCCAGCUGGAUGCUGGCCCUGUUAUUGCUCGUAAGAAAGUUGAAAUCGACGACGAAAUAAAGGCACCAAAGUUGCUCGAGUUUCUGUUUGCUGAAGGAUCUGAACUUCUGAUCCGGGAGCUUCCAUCGAUAUUUGAUGGUUCGGCUAAAGUGAAAGCGAUUGAACAAGACGAAUCAAAAGCUACAUUCGCUCCAAAAAUAAGUCCCGAAGAGUCUUGGCUUUCGUUCGAAGAAACUGCUGCAGUCAUUCACAACAAGGUUCGUGCAUUUGCAGGCUGGCCGGGAACCCGAGUGAAAGUUGCAGCAGUUGAUCCAGAAAGCAGUAUGCAGAAGACAAUAGAGCUCAAAAUCAUCACUACCAAAGUGAACAACGAUCCCGAUCCUCAUAUUAGCGAAACAGACGGCGCUUUCCUCUCAAAAGGAUCAUUAAUAUUCCCCUGCGGUUCGGGUACAUAUCUGGAGGUGCUGGAGGUGCAGCUGCCGGGCAAAAAAGUCGUUGAUGCAGCAGCUUUCUGGAAUGGCUUGCGAGGCAGACGACUAAGCAAGGUGUGAUGCGAUCGCAACCGUCGGAAACAAUUCGAUUAGACAAAAUCGAUCGAAUUCGGGAACUUAAAUGGGUAAAUGAGUUGCGAUCUGAAUUCAAGAAUUGAAUGACCAGAUUUUGGUAAUGAAUAUGAUAAAAGAAAGACUUUUUUUGGAUUGGAGCAGCAUAGUUUGUGUUUGUUUUCACUCAGGAAAUGUGUUAAGGGAAAUAUAUAAUAUAGGCACGUGGUGGUUGGAGAAUGCAGCUCUCGGUGAGGCAAUAACACAGCAAACUCUACAGCCCCACCAUUUAUUUAUAUUUGUGUCGAUCUUUAUUGCAUA